AUGGGAGAGAACUUUGAGGCAAGUCGCAUUCGCGUAGGCAUCUUAGGCGCCGGUAUCGCCGGCUGCUGCCUAGCUGUCGGUCUUCUCCAGAAUCCACUUUUGGACGUUCAGCUGUUUGAGAGAUAUUCAGACAUCCGAGUCCGCGGGUCCGGUCUUGCACCACAUGGAAACGCCAUCAGGGCCAUGGAUUUGAUCUCGCCCAAGAUCAAGCGGGCGUACUUCAAGAAAUCGCACUUCAUGGCUGGUGACGAGAACACGGAAAUGGCAACACAGUUCAAAUUGACCAGUGGUGAACACGCUGGAGUUAUCUUUGCUGAGUUGGGAAGGGCCAAGGGCAGGCGGACCGUUCACCGCGCGCACUUCAUACAAGGACUCCUUGAAGAAGACGUGGUCCCGCAUCAGCGCGUUCACUUCAGCAAGCGAGUCGCUAAAAUGGAGGAAGACCCUUUGACACGUAAAAUCACCGUUGCGUUCGAAGAUGGCACUCAAGAUGUGUUUGAUAUUGUUUUCGGUGCAGAAGGUGUCAACAGCCCGACGAGGAAGUUUGUUCUGGGGCCUGGUCAUCCAAACGCAGCUCCAGUCAAUCACGACCAAUGGCGCCAGUUCCACACCACCGUCCCCAUGUGCGAAGCCAAAAUGGUCGUCCCUGUAGAGUCAGUCAACACGGUCAUCACGUAUUGUACACCUUAUGGGUUCAUCAACGCUAUCCCGCUUGACCUUGGCCAGACGUUCAGCGUGGGCUGCUAUCAAAGGGACACCAAAUGCCCGGAACGUGGGGUCCCAUUAGACCCUCAACUCUGGAAGGGUUCACUUCCAGGGGUAGAUGCCUUGAUAUCUCUUUUAGAGAAAGGGCACACAGAGGACUGGACUCUUCAAGACCAUGACCACGCCCCCUCCUACUACAGAGGAAGGGUAGCCAUGGUCGGUGAUGCCGCCCACGGGACACUUCCUCACUCAGGCAACGGCGCUGCUCAAGCGAUCGAGGAUUGCUCAGUGCUCACCGGCAUCUUCUUGCGCUUGACAUCCCUAGACGAGGUUGAAGCCGCUUUCAAAUCCUAUGACCAAGUGCGGAUUCCUAGAAGUCAAAAGAUUGUAGAGAUCACGCGAAGUUUCGGGCGACUUUACAGCCGCGAUCCUCACGAAAUUGUCUUGGAUGAGAUGAAGGCCGAGAUGAGGGAAGGUGGGAUUUAUAUCAACGGUGUGGACAUGGAGGCUCAAGUAGAGAGUGCCGUUGAUGCCUUUGAGAGAUUCAAAGGGAUUCAACUUGAUGUUUGA